UGCAACAAAGUCACAAAUAGCCAAAUCUGCAAAAUCGAACUAAGUAUGCCAAACUGUUUCUGAAUCAUGCCUUUACUUGGGGCAACAAAAACAUCCGCGGAGGUAUCUCAAAAUUCUACUAGAUGGCGCGAGUGCCUUUGUGGUUAUUGGCGGUUUUUCCAUGCGCUUUGGGCCGACAACGCUUCAUUGGACAGUAGUGCCCCGCGCCCGCGAGUGUUUGACGUACGUUGGAGCUACAGCCACACAAAGAGAGCAAUGGGUUCCCGAAGUAAAAAAAUUCUUUCUAUGGUUCCCAUUCCCGACAAUAAUUUAAAGAAAAACAAUACAUUCGUUGAAAACUGGUUAGCGAACUGUCAUCCGGAAGAUCAGGACAAUGAUCAUGAUUCCAAGUUAGAAUCCUCUCGUUUUUCCGUAAAUAAUAUCACCAGUACUUCCUGCAAAGCAAAAAAUGAACUGUCAGCUACUGACAGGAGCACAGUAUGUGAUAAUGCCGUGGAUACAGUAAUUCAAGAAGUAAAUGCUGAUUUAAUUUUACUAAAUACCGUAACAGAGAAUGUCACAUCGAAAGAUAUUGAAAACGCAGUCAUUACUACAGAUAGCAAAACAUUUAACCUUUCUGAUGAUGAAGAAAUAGUUUCAUCCAAUGUUGUUAUCGCAGAUGUAGUGCCAGAAACCACAUUAGCAAAAAGUAUGCUAAGGCCAGAUACUGUCUCGAAUGAAAUGAACUCAGAUAACAAUGAAGAUUUUUCCGCAAGUGAUGGAUCUGAAUAUGAACCACCGCAAAAAAAGGCACAAAAAAGUUUUUCAGCCAAUUCGUAG